AAUUAUUUUCUAUAAAAAAAAUACACCAGCCUUGGCAAGGAAAAGCAAAGGCAACUAUAAAAGGGGAAGAAAAGCGCGGAGAGAAUGGGAACAUUGAGCAACUCUUUCAUCACUUCUUUCCAAACUCCAAUCUCCAUUGGCAUAAAAACCAGACAACCUUUAAUUCGUUGGAGAAAUCUAAACGUUAAAGCGGUCGGGAUGGAGACGAAAACGUAUUACCAGAACGUGGUGGUAUGAGGCAUGGCGACCGUAUGGAUAACUUCGAUCCCACGUGGGUAAAGACGGCGGAGAGGCCAUGGGACCCACCCCUUGUACAUAACGGCUUGGCCAGGGCUUUUCGUACGGGCCGUACGUUUCGAACCCUCCUACCAUUUCCGAUCCACCGAGUCUUCGUGUCCCCGUUUCUCCGCUGCGUCCAGACUGCCUCAGAGGUUGUCGCGGCCCUUUGUGCCGUCGAUGACGAUCCCAUUGCCAAGUCAUCUAGCGACGUCGUUUCCAUCGACCCAUCAAAAGUCAAGGCUUUGAGUCCAGUUUAUUGUAUUUUACAGGUUUCUAUUGAGUAUGGAUUGUGUGAGAUGUUAAAUCGAAAAGCAAUUAGGCGUGAUGUAGCGCCCAAAGAUGGAAUCUUUCGUUUCGAUGUUCCACAACUUGAGGCUUUGUUACCAAGUGGCACAUUGGAUCGUAGCGUACGAGUUUAUAAAGAGUUGCCACAAUGGGAAGAGACCGUGAUGGGUGCGAGAACUAGAUAUGAACAAAUUAUCAAGGCACUGGUGGAUAAAUACCCCUCAGAAAACUUGCUAUUAGUGACACAUGGGGAAGGAGUUGGAGUUUCAGUUUCUGGAUUCUUGGAGGAGACCGCCGUCACUGAAGUAGAUUAUUGUGCUUAUUCAGAACUAAGAAGACCCAUCUCUUGCAAAAAUGAGUCAUUCACUGCUGGAAACUUUGAGGUGCUUACAAAGAGUGGCCACACUGGCAUUACUCUAGAUUCUUUCCAUAAACCAUAAAGAAGUUGACUCCAGCUUCAUCUCAACCAUAUCUCAGCCGUUCCUCUUUAUGCGUCUGCUUUUGUUUACAUUUUGUAUCAAAUCUUAAGGUCAUUGAUUGAACAAAUAAUUUCUUCCCCUGUUUUACUAACAGUGAGGAUUGAGAAAAUGAAAGCGAUGAAGCAAGUCUGUUUUUUUCU